AUGGAGCUAGGACGACUGAAGGAAAGUACAUCUACAUCUCGACCCUCAUCAUUCUUCAUAGAGGACAUUUUGUUGAGUAAACCAAAGCAGUUAUGCAGAGAAUAUUCUAAUCUCAGCAACUUGUCCGCCAUUAUGAGACCAUCACUUCCGGCGGAAUACGCAGCCGCGUACCACUGUUUCCCGGCUUCACCAGUAUUCUUUCCACACGUAUUACAGCACGUGCAGGGACUGGCAGCCAAACAUGCUGAACAUCAUUUUAUAACGCCAACAUCUUCCGGGUUUCCGCUGGGUCCCCUGUUUCAGCACGAUAGUCCAGGAAAGCACUGUAGACGGCGGAAAGCUCGUACUGUGUUCAGUGAUCAACAGCUAAAUGGUUUGGAGAAAAGAUUCGAGUCUCAACGUUACUUAUCAACCCCUGAACGCGUGGAGCUUGCGUCACAGCUUAGUCUGUCAGAGACCCAGGUGAAAACGUGGUUCCAGAACAGGAGAAUGAAACAUAAAAAAUUACAAAAGAAAGGACAUAAUGAUUCUGAUGACGUCACGGAAAUUAAUGAGGAUGACAGUGAUAGUGGAGCAUAUGACGAACAUUCUGUGUCAAUUGACGACGAGCAGACGACAUGUACCACGUCUGGAAAAUUUACAAGAUAUGACGUGGAAAGUCUCGUGAAAGGUCAAAGUUCAUUUACAUCCGGGUGUUCAAACUAUCGUGCCAACUCGGACGAAGAAGACAAUGAAGAAAUUGACGUUGUUGAGUCGGAUCGCGAAAACUCGUGAUAAAACGAUGUUGUGAAAUCUGAAGUGUCAUAUUGUUAGUAUUUCGAUUGUAUUUAUUUUGUGAAAGUACAGUGAAUUAUGUUAAUUGAAUGGCCAGUAAGACACAGCAAUUUUAGUGCAAAAGUAAAGUAAACCAGACAAGAGGUUAAGUGAGUAUGCUUCUAGUUACAUAAACAGACUUAAAUCUCCACAUACUGUGUAAGCUUAACUUCUGUUCACAGUUUACAUUAUAACAUUUGUUUCCAGACAAAUUACUUACUUUCUAGUAUACAUGUACUAUAUUUGUUACCAAGAAAACAGUCACAAUUGCGGAAAUGGAUAUAAGAAACGAAAGUUUUAAAUUGGCUCUGCAUUUACUAUAUUGCAUACUUUCUGGUUCACCAUAUUCGUCACACUGCUUUUCGUUAAUUUCUGUUUAUUUUUACAUAGGUCUCAAGGUGGUAUUACUUGUUCAAACUUUUGAAUUUGGAAUAUAAUUUUAUGGACAAAACCGUAAUUUGACCUGUGAAAAUUUCGGGAAACUGCCAUUGUCAGCAUAAUGAAGUAUUUCACAUAAUUAGGUUGAUUUUGUUUCUCCUAAAAUAUAUGUACGAGUAUCCAGCAACAAAUUAAAUCAGGAUUCUAGAUUUAAAACUGGCUAAAAUUUACAGUUACAAGUACCAUAUCAUAAUCGUAAGUUUUAGAGAUAUGUUGAA